GGCUGAGGUUAGGCAGCUGUAUUUCCCCCAUGGCCCUGUCCCUCGCCCUCCGCCUUCACCGAGCGGAUGAAAACAAACACUAACGAUGGCGGCGCCGGGAAGCGAGUGGCUGCUGGGCUUAAGGCAGGAGUGACCGCUUGAGCUGUGACGGGAGCCUGGAAGAGCGCCGGUCGACGUGAGUGCGACAACUCGCGCAGUCCUGGAAGCGAAACACCCGGGGCCUGCGAGCCACGAGCCUGCCGAGGCGUGAGGUUAUCUCUCUGUGACCCGUGCUGUCACUGCAGCUCCGGAGCGCGGAGCCCUCGGCCAGGAGGCGCAGUUGGCCGGCCCCAGGCCCCGGCCUCCGUAAUGAGAGCUCCGAGACACUCUCUGUGUCGCAGCUUCGCAGGUGAGGGUGACUGUUGACUAGUGACAAAAGGGACACAAGGUUCACGACUCUCUUCUUACUGGCAGUGGAACGACCCGUGGGAACCUGCGAUCCAUUCUCAUUCAAUAAAUCUCUCGCGCCUGGCAGCCGCCAUUCUACUUUCUGUCUCUAUGAUCUUGACUACUAUACCUGUAGGCAAUGGAAACUGAUCUCAAUUCCCAGGACAGAAAGGACCUGGACAAGUUCAUUAAAUUUUUUGCCCUCAAGACUGUCCAAGCGAUUGUCCAGGCUCGACUUGGCGAGAAGAUUUGUACUCGUUCAUCUUCAUCCCCAACGGGCUCAGACUGGUUCAAUUUAGCCAUCAAAGACAUCCCGGAGGUCACACAUGAAGCCAAGAAGGCACUGGCGGGGCAGCUGCCUGCCGUUGGCAGAUCUAUGUGCGUGGAGAUCUCCCUCAAGACUUCUGAGGGAGAUUCCAUGGAGCUAGAAAUCUGGUGUCUUGAAAUGAAUGAAAAGUGUGAUAAAGAAAUCAAAGUUUCCUACACGGUGUACAACAGACUGUCGUUGCUGCUGAAGUCUCUUCUUGCUAUAACUAGGGUGACACCUGCUUACAGACUCUCCAGAAAACAGGGGCACGAAUAUGUCAUAUUGUACAGAAUAUAUUUUGGGGAAGUUCAGCUGAAUGGCUUAGGAGAAGGUUUCCAGACAGUCCGUGUGGGGACUGUGGGCACCCCUGUGGGCACCGUCACUCUUUCUUGCGCCUACAGAAUUAACUUGGCGUUCAUGUCCACCAGGCAGUUUGAGAGGACCCCCCCCAUCAUGGGGAUCAUCAUCGAUCACUUUGUGGACCGCCCCUAUCCCAGCUCCUCGCCCACGCACCCCUGCAAUUACAGAACCGCUGGUGAGGACACUGGAGUAACAUAUCCUUCUGUGGAAGAUUCUCAAGAAGUGUGUACCACUUCUUUUUCCACCUCCCCUCCAUCCCAGUGUGUGUUUACUGUCACAAAGGCACAUUUUCAGACCCCUACUCCUGUGGUGACGGACACCCUGAGGGUCCCCAUGGCAGGACUGGCCUUUUCCCAUCAACUCUCAAGCUCUCGCCUUUCCUAUCAACCUGCUGCUCUGGGCGUUGGAUCAGCUGACCUGGCUUAUCCAGUAGUGUUUGCUGCUGGCUUAACCACCACACACCCUCACCAGCUAAUGGUUCCCGGGAAGGAAGGCGGGGUACCCCUUGCUCCCAACCAGCCUGCCCUGGGUGCCCAGGCCGACCAGGAGAGAUUGGCAACCUACACCCCUUCUGACGGGGCCCACUGUGCUGCCACACCUUCCAGCAGCGAGGACACGGAAACUGUAUCAAACAGCAGUGAGGGACGGGCCUCCCCACACGACGUCUUGGAGACCAUCUUUGUCCGAAAAGUGGGGGCUUUUGUCAACAAACCCAUCAACCAGGUGACCCUGACCAGUUUGGACAUACCCUUUGCCAUGUUUGCUCCCAAGAAUUUGGAGCUGGAGGAUGCCGAUCCCAUGGUGAAUCCUCCAGAUUCCCCAGAGACUGAGUCUCCUCUCCAAGGCAGCCUGCACUCUGAUGGCUCCAGCGGGGGCAGCAGUGGCAACACUCAUGACGACUUUGUUAUGAUUGACUUCAAACCGGCUUUUUCUAAAGAUGACAUUCUUCCGAUGGACUUGGGGACCUUCUAUCGUGAAUUUCAGAACCCCCCUCAGCUGAGCAGCCUCUCCAUAGAUAUUGGGGCCCAGUCAAUGGCCGAGGACUUGGACUCGCUACCAGAGAAGCUGGCUGUGCACGAGAAGAAUGUCCGAGAAUUUGAUGCCUUUGUAGAAACCCUGCAGUAAAAGUUGGUGUCCUCGAGUACCAGCAUCCCCUCUCUGUGGUCCCAGGAGACAGAGAGCCUCUCACUCAUCAGCUGCUCGCAUCCCUGGUCCUGCUCCAAGCCAGGUGGAAGGGAGGCUGGGGACCCAGACAUCCCUGCUCUUGCACCUCCUGGCAGCAUCAAGCCAGUGAUAGCAUUUGAGAGGACUGAACCUCUAGCCUUGGAGAUGGGAAGACGGUUUGUAACAGAGGGGCCUCCACAGGGCCAUCUGCUUACAGCACCCGUCAGCAACUGCUUCACAAAGGCUGUCGUCCCGUUCCUCCUGCUGCCACCCCCCGCCCCGGGUCUGCCCUGCGGCUGGCCGCUCGCCUGCCUGCUGUACCAUCAACCGUUUGACAUUCCAGCUGGUGGCCCAGAGUCUGGUGUGGAGGCGGAAAGAGGAAGGAGACAGUGCUGGGAGGAAGAAGGAAGGACUCCUUCAGGCUCUCCUUGUUGUUUCCUUUAGUUCUGGUAUCUUCUUCCUCUCUCUCUCCCCCCUCUCUGCCCCUGUGCCUAUACUUUUGGCAAUAUGACCGGCCUCCUGCCCAGGUGAUGAGAACUCCAGAGUCAGCCUUUCCUGCCCUCGAAGGUUGUGCCGCUCAUCCCUGAACAGAAGGUCCGAGCAGCCCUGGUGGCUGCCGUGCUCAGCUCCUCAGCUACGUGGGGAAACGAUCCUAGGACUGCGUCUAGGAUUCUGUCAUUGGGCAUCAGCAAAAGUUCUUCUCUUCCCUUCCUCCCUCCCCCUGUUGCUGCUCCUUGGUGGUAGAACACGCUAAUUAUUUAUUACUUUGAGAGAGAUCAGAUAUUUUAUAGAGAAAAUACGUCCGAGGUUAGAUGUUUUCACUUGGGGAAGGUGGCCUCUCUCUGGGCAAGCCUCCUCGGUGGAGGUUCCUCAGAGUCCGGCUUGCUGCCUGCAGAUCUUGCUUCCCAUCUGUUUAGAGCAGGAUCCAAGAAGAGGGCUGGCUGAGGGCAACAGAACCUCCCAGAAUCGCUGCAUUUGAACUGACAACAGGCUUUCCCUUGGACGUAUUCCUGGUGAGAGCCUCGAGUCUCUCGGCUUCUGCAGACCUUCUUCUGGCCGCCCAGCAAGUCUUGGGUGCCAAAUGUGAUGACUCCCCAGAGUUGUGCCACAUACAGUGCCCCAGGGCCAUUGUGGCUGCCCUGCUGUGGCCCUGGGGAAGGACAGACAGGCCUCCUUCUGGGGUACUUGUUCCUCUUUCUUGGGGCUGAGUUGUGGGCUUUUUCCUCCUUCCGCCUGGGCCUGGCCAUCACCGUCCUUUAAUCCCAGGGUCUGUACACUGCCCUGAGGUUUACUGGUUGGAUUGGUUCCUUGUGAAGAAACCAAAGCUGGGUAUACAAUUGACUUAGCCCUUCGGGUAUCGUUACUUGAGUAAGCGCAGUGCCUAGCCUCCCCCACCUACCAUUUGUCCCUCUCCCACUAACUGGUAGUCCUGGCCCAGGAGAGCUAGGCCUGCUCCCACCCUGGCCCGCCCGGAGUGGGCACUGGCAGCAGCUGUUCUGCAGUGGAGCAGGUGGCCCUCAAUUGCUUGUUAGUAAAUGCAUGUGACAUUGUUCCCACCUACAAGGCUGACCUCCGAGGGCCAGAGUAGGCUCUGUUGCUGUCUCAGUUAGGCUGAGCCCUGCCCCGUUGCAUGCAUUCCGCUGCCACAAAGAAAUGUUCCCAGCAGUGGUGUCCAGCUGGCCCUCCUGCCUUUGGGCCAGAGCACACCGAUGGCCUGCUAAACCCAUCCAGAUUUACCUGCAAGGCCCUGGUGCUGAGAAGGGUGAAGGCCUGGUACGUUUGAUUGCCUCCCCCGACUGGCCCCAGGAUCUCAGCUGCUGCCCUCCAUCCGAGGCCAAGCAUGGUGGGGCCUGUUAGCCAUUGUCUUCUUUGACUCCUGACUGUCAGCCUCUGCAGGCAGCAUUCUUCUUCAGGACCCCAUCAAUGAGAGGCCAGGGAGGCUGAGCCCUGACUUUGAGCUGAGCCUGGGAGGAGCAGAGCAACUGUCAAGGCCGGCCCUUGCCCCUCAGCCCUGUCCGAGGCCAGGUAUGAGCCCUAGACUGACCCCUGCAGCACCCUGGGACAGGGCUGGGGCCAGCCACCUGAAUCCAGGUGGCACAGGCCCUCCCGCUCCUCCAGCCUACCUUGUUUGGAAGUACGGAGCUAUACUUUAAAAUGUAUUCAAGAGGUUUCCAAUAAAAGUUUUUCUGUACUUUACA